CUGGAUCUGAUAAGACCUGUCUGCGCCAGCGGGUUUACUGCAUCUCGCAGGUUUCCGAUCAAGCAGCGCUAUUUGUGUGGAACUUUCAGCACACGCAUGGUAUACUUUUGCGCUUUGACUUUGUUAAAAAGUUAUUAAGGAUUCUGAUACGAUGUAACCGGUCAAUGUGAUAAAUGUGAACAUUCCAACAAAACGCUACAUUUCAGAAAACGAUCUUCUGGUCGGCUUUGUAGUCUGUCAGAAUGGAUCCUACCAAGGCCUCUCCACCUCUUCAGUCCCUUCCCUAUCAUUCCAAGUUUUCCAAAAGCGCUGGAGAUAUUCCAAGAACCCCCGACCUGAACUCCACGCUGGCUUUGCUGAUGAACAAGUUCCAUCCCACAAACAGGAGCGCGUUCAACUGGUCAGUCUUCCAGAUCACAGAAUGGGAGAAGUUCAUAGAACUGGCUAAAUACGAGUCAGAAUCCCAGAACCCCACAUUGAAGGCUCUGCUGGUCGCGGCGUAUUCUGUCAUCAUCGUCAUCUCUCUGUUCGGCAAUGUCCUGGUGUGCCAGGUGGUGAUCAAGAACAAGAGAAUGCACUCGGCAACCAGUCUCUUCAUAACUAACCUGGCCGUGUCCGAUAUCAUGAUCACUCUGCUCAACACCUCCUUUACACUGGCUCGCUAUGUGCACAGCACCUGGGUGUUUGGGAAGGCUAUGUGCCACAUUAGCCGGUUUGUGCAGUACUGCUCUCUUCACGUCUCCACCCUGACCCUCACAGCUAUAGCUCUGGACAGACACCAGGUUAUCUUGAACCCACUGAAAUCCCGGAUGACGGUACAUAGAGGGAUUCUCUGUAUUGCAGCUAUCUGGGUGAUGGCUGCAUGCUUCUCCCUCCCGCAUGCCAUCUACCAGAAACUUUUUCAGUACAACUACAGUGCAUCCACAGUCCGCAGCUUCUGCGUUCCUGAUUUCCCGAACCCCUCCGAUCUCUACUGGAAAUACCUGGACCUGUCCACGUUUCUACUACUCUACCUGCUCCCACUGCUCAUCAUCUCCCUGGUUUACUCCCGGCUGGCCAAGAAGCUGUGGCUGCGCAACGCCAUCGGGGACGUCACCAUGGAGCAGUCUGUCGCCCACCGCAGGAACAAGAAGAAGAGCAUCAAGAUGCUGGUGCUGGUGGUGGUGGUCUUCGCAGUCUGCUGGUUCCCCCUCAACUGCUACGUGGUGCUCAUCUCCAGCCUGGCCAUCCAGUCCAGGAACACCCUCUACUUCGCCUUGCACUGGCUCGCCAUGAGCAGCACCUGUUACAACCCUUUCAUCUACUGCUGGCUCAACGAGAGCUUCCGUUCGGAGCUCAAGUCCCUGCUGAGCAUGUGCAGGCAAGCCCAGAAGCCACCAGAUAAGCUCCUCCCAGCUGCCGUGGCUCCCUGCCACGAGGCCUGGCUUGAGCAAAUGAGCUUUAAGCAGGGUCCUUCCACCCAGAGCGUCAGGUCCACCACAAACUUGCAGACUCUUAACAAGGAUCUGUAGACGGGUACUGCACUGUAUGCAUGUACAGCAGUGCAUUCUGUUAGGUGGUUUGUCUCUGUGGUUUUCAACCCCUGUCCUGGGGAGGUUCUGUGUCUGCUGUUUUUCAUUCUAGCUGAGCUCUCAUUUACUUAACUGGACCCUUAAUUGAACUGAUGUUUUGUUUAAUUAGACCUUUUAAAUUGCUUUCAGCUCUUAAACAGUUGCUGUUUUCAAGUCAGCUAUACGUGCUGUGAACCUGUUGCUCUUGGGAAUGUUGUGCCUCAGAUUCUGUGAAAUCCGACAUUAAUGUAUGAACACAAAUCCUCUUUGUAUGAUUUCAUUAAUAAAUUA